CGGUGCCAGGGAGGUUUCUAUGUCUACAUAGAGUCAAGGAUUUGCUUGGGAAAUGGUGUUGGAAAAGGCCCACUCGCCUCCAUUCCCUUCCAGGAUUCCCUACGGCAUCCCAAAAAGAAAAAGAAUGUUGGGAGAGACUGAAGAACGUGGGGGCCUCUGUUUAGGGAAGUGAGAAUGUCCUUACUGUAAGCAGCUUAGGUUGGAAAAUAUCUGGGAAAGGCCAGAGCUGGAGAACGUCUUCUAGCCUCCACAGAUUAGCCUCAGUGCUCUGAGUCCAGAGGGGAAAUUCUCAGAUGCCCAGCCUGGUCAGCUUCUUUGGAGCUCACGCUCACCAACUUUCUGUCCUUCUCCCUCAUUUUUUUCUCUUUUCCAUCUUGGGGUCUCACUUAGCCCCUUUCUCUCCCUUCCUCUCUCCCUCUUCUUCUCUCUCCCUCCCAAACCCCCGCUCCCUUUCCAUCAUGCAACCUCCCUUCCAAUCUUUCUCAUUUUCCAUCCUACUCUCUCUUUCCCCUUCUUCCCCUCUUUCCAUCAGGCAAUCUCUCUCUCUCUCUCUCUCUCUCUCUCUCUCUCUCUCUCUCUCUCUCUCUCUCUCUCUCUCUCUGUCUGUCUCUCUCUCUCUCUCUCUCUCUCUCUCUCCCCCCUGGCAGGAAAUACUUUCCAGGCAAUCUGGGGCCUGCUUAUGGAGGCCCCUUUCACAAAGCAUCAGUCUGGAUUUAGCAGACACGAGUUCCUGCCGGGGAAAGAAGCUCAGCAGUCUGGGCUUUGGCUCCAGCUACCUCCAGCUACCCAGGGAGAUUUUGUUCAUUCUCUGCCCAGCAAUGAACCAGAUGGGUAUGAGAGAAACCCCUAUGAGUGUCCAGCUUAGAGCGUCAGGAACUUUUGAUGCUGAUGGUGGCUCGUCCUUCGCCAUUCCUUGCUGGGUGUGAAAAUGACAGAAGCUUCUCUUCUCUUCUUAUGGUGCCUUUGAUGCCCUAACCACACCUCCUUGGGUGCCUCUUGGAUUAGAAAAAUCCAGGGUCCCCUACUGGACUGCAAGGACAUGUCUGUUGCAGUCAGGAAGAGGAGCUGGGAAGAGCAUGUCACCCAGCGGAUGGGAUUUCUCCUUCAUCCUCCGGAUGCCCCCACCCCAACAUGCCACCAUGGGCUGGUAGCUGAUAGCUUACAUGCAAGCCUAGAAAAGGGAGGUGCUCUGGCUGGGGGCCACCACCAGAGGUGGGCAUCUCUGCCAGAUUGCUGCCAGGCCUUGGAGCCGGCCAGCUGCCCUGAGCAGCUCCUAGGAAAUGUUUCAAGGGAACUGGAUGGAAAUGACCCCUGUGAUGGGGAAGAGGGCUUCCUUUCCCUGGAAGCCAGCACAGAAACCUUGGUCCAUGUGUCUGAUGAGGAGACUGAUGCAGAAGCAAACCUGGGUGCUGCAAACCACUGGAGAGACGGAGACAGGGAGUCAGCAGAUGAGUGGAGACUUAAUGGAAUGGGCACCUUUGCAAAGAUGCCCCCCAGCCCUGAGGGGGAUCAGGAAUCACCAGUCUCUCUGGAGGCCUCAGAGACAGCCAGUGAACCUGAGCAGGAGGAGUUCAUUCUUAUGGAGGAGAGUAGAAAGAAGGAAGACUGGGACCCCAAUGGGGACAACCAGGAACUUGGCAGUAGCAACCUCAGUGUAAGUAGAGUGAGAGAGGCACCCAAAGCGGAUUGCUCAAAUACUCUGAGUGCAAAUGAAAUUCUGCCUGAGAAACAGCUGCUCCAUUCUGCUGUGAUUGCUCAGCAACGGAGGAAAUGUGCUGACACCAUCAAAGACAGGAAUGAGAGGCGUGCUGGUGAGGCUCUACAGGAUGGAUUCUCUGCCUCUCCCUGCACUGGUAGGACCCAACUGCGAUCAGAAAACCCAGAAAGCUGCUUGGAGGAGCCUUCCUGUUGUCCCUACACUCUGGACAAAAGUAGUAUCACACACUCUCACUCCAGUGCUCCUCAAAACAAACAUCUUGCAGAGGCUGGCUCCAGAGGAGGUGUGACCUCAGAACAUGGAACAGCUCCCAUGGCCGCUGGAUAUCCAUAUGGCACACAAGUCGCUCUUCGAGAAAAAAAGGAAAUGAGAGAAGAUGGAGGGCGAAGACGGAUUGACUCCAUGGCAUUGCUCAUCAUGAAACUGGAUCAGCUGGACCGAGACAUAGAGAAUGCCCUCAGUACCAGCCCUUCUCCAGCCAGCCUCCAGGAGCAUCAGCCCCAGCAGAAGCCCUCUCUUGAGCAGGAGCCAAGAGAUGAAAGUGGUGAAAAUGCUGGGCCAAUACAUCAGGACCAAGUGGAUUUACCUUCUAACCCGGAGGAAGCCGUCCUGGUAGCUGGUCCAGCCUCUCUACCCCCCACAGCCAGCUCUGCAACCAAACCUAAGGUAUUGGCUGUGCCCAGUGCUUCAGAGAAGGGCAAAGCUGAAAUCGAGGCCAAAGAAGCUUGUGACUGGCUGCGGGCAGCCGGCUUUCCCCAGUACGCCCAGCUGUAUGAAGAUCUCCUAUUUCCCAUCGACAUCGCACUGGUCAAGAGAGAACACGACUUCUUGGACCGAGACUCCAUUGAGGCAUUGUAUCGGCGCCUGAACACGUUAAAUAAGUGUGCGGUGAUGAAGCUAGAGAUCAGCCCACACAGGAAGCGGAGCGAGGACUCGGACGAGGAUGAGCCGUGCGCCAUCAGCGGCAAGUGGACUUUCCAAAGGGACAGCAAGAGGUGGUCCCGGAUGGACGAGUUUGACGCGUUCCCUCCAGGGCUGGGUCUGAGCGCCAGGGCGCCGGGGAAUCCAGCCCUGGCCAGUACGGCCAGCAGAGAAAGCCUGCUGACCAACCUGAGCGAGAGCCAGGAGCUGGCCUCCCUGCGCAGCCUGGGCAGUGCCAGCAGCCUCCCCACGGAGCCCAGCACCCCCCGCGCAAGCUCCGCGCUUAGCGUCUGUUCCUCGGGCCCCCAGGAGGAGGCUCCCCCGCCAGCCCCCGCCGAGUCGCCAAGCCCCGACACCAAGGGCCAGGGGCAGCCCGCCAAGGCCAAGCCACGCAGCCUGCUCAAGAGGAUGGAGAGCCUGAAGCUGAGGCGCUCUCACACGGGCCGGCCCAAGGCGGCCCCCGCCAAGCUGGGCCUGGUCAUCAGCGGGCCCGUGCUGCAGGAGGGGGCCGAGCAGGAGAAGCUCCAGCACCUGCACUGCAUGGAGCUCUCCGCCCUGGGGGCCGGCGGCCCCUUCAGAGGCCCCGGAGUCCGCAAGAGAAGCGUGUCCAACUCCACGCUGACCAGCAGCGGCAGCAGCAGCCAGUCGGAGAGCAGCAGCGCCGUCAGCACCCCCAGCCCCGUCACCAGGACCCGCAGCCUCAGCGCCUGCAAGAAGAGGGGCGGCAUGUACCUGGAGGGCUUCGACCCCUUCGACAGCGUCCUGGAGCAGAACCUCCGGAACCGCGAGAGCUGCCCGCAAGACGCCGUGUUCUACAUCCCCGAGGACCACAAGCCGGGCACCUUCCCCAAGGCCCUGUCCAACGGCCGCCUCCCCGCGCCCGGCGGCCCGGCGGCGGGCUGGAGGGCCGGCAGCUUCCACGGCCACGCCUGGGAGGGCGCCAAGGAGCCGCCGAGGCGCAACUCCUGCUCGGUGAGCAGCCGCCUCAGCGUCUACGACAACGUGCCGGGCCCCGGCCUCUACCCCGACCUCGAGCAGGACGACGUCUUCCCCGAGCUCGACGACAUCCUGUUCCACGUCAAGGGGAUGCAGAGGAUCGUCAACCAGUGGUCCGAGAAGUUCUCCGACGAGGGAGACUCCGAUUCGGCGCUCGACUCCGUCUCUCCCUGCCCGUCUUCCCCCAAACAAAUCCACCUGGAGGGCGAGCACGGCCGCGCCUCGCCCAGCGACCUGGACAGCGUGGGCAACUCCGUGCACGAGGCCGAGGAGCCCUCCGGCGGCCCGGAGAGGAGGGACUCCGGCGUGGGGGCCUCCCUGACGCGCACCAACAGGCCCAGGCAAAGCUGGCAGAGCUCCCAGCAGUCGGCUCUGAGCUCGGCGGGCUCCCAGAUCAGCUGCCAGUCCGUGGCGCAGAUGAACCUGCUGCAGAAGUAUUCGCUCCUCAAGCUGACGGCCUUGCUGGAGAGGUACACGCCAUCCAACAAGCACGGCUUUAGCUGGGCAGUGCCCAAGUUCAUGAAAAGACUGAAGGUUCCAGACUACAAGGACCGAAGCGUGUUUGGGGUCCCCCUCCCCAUGAACGUCCAGCGGACCGGGCAGCCCCUCCCCCCGAGCAUCCAGCAGGCCAUGGGCUACCUGCACGGCCAGUGCUUGGAUCAGGUCGGGCUCUUUAGAAAGUCGGGCGUCAAGUCGAGGAUCCAGGCCCUGCGCCAGAUGAACGAGGGCUCGGCGGCCUACGUGAGCUACGAGGGGCAGUCUGCCUACGACGUGGCCGACAUGCUGAAGCAGUACUUCCGGGACCUCCCGGAGCCGCUGAUGACCCACAAGCUCUCGGAGACCUUCUUGCAGAUCUACCAGUACGUGCCCAAGGACCAGCGCCUGCAGGCCAUCCAGGCCGCCGUCAUGCUCCUCCCGGACGAGAACAGGGAGGUCCUCCAGACGCUGCUCUACUUCCUGAGCGAGGUCACCGCCGCCGUGAAAGAGAACCAGAUGACGGCCACCAACCUGGCCGUGUGCCUGGCGCCCUCCCUCUUCCACCUGAACACGCUGAAGCGCGAGAACUCCUCUCCGAGGGUUAUGCAGAGAAAGCAAAGUCUGGGCAAACCGGACCAAAAAGAUCUCAGUGAAAACCUGGCAGCGACCCAAGGCCUGGCACACAUGAUCACAGAAUGCCACCAGCUCUUCCAGGUCCCUGAGGAGAUGAGCCGGUGCCGAAACUCGUACUCGGAGCAGGAGCUGCGGCCCCUCAGCCUGGAGGCCUUGAGCCGCCUGAACGGGCAGGACCCCUCAGACUAUCGCCACUUCCUCCAGGACAGCAUGGACAGCCUGUUCAAGGAGGUCAAGGACAAGUUCAGGGGCUGGGUCAACCACCCGACCUCGGAGCCGGCCGAGCUGGCCUAUAAGAAGCUGAGCGAAGGGCCCCCACUCCGACUGUGGAAGUCAGCGAUCGAGGUCCUUGCCAAACCCGAGGAGGUCUUAAACCGCCUCCUGAAGGAGCAGCAUGUGUGGGACUCGGACCUCUUGGACGCCAAAGUGAUUGAAGUCUUAGACAGCCAGACUGAAAUCUACCAGUUUGUCCGGAGUAGCAUGGCGCCCCAUCCUGCCCGGGACCAUGUCGUCCUGAGAACCUGGAGGACCAACUUGCCCAAGGGGGCCUGCGUGCUCUUGCUCACCUCCGUGGAUCACAGCCAGGUCCCUGUGCUCGGGGUGAGGGUGAACGUGCUCUUGGCCCGAUACCUGGUGGAGCCCUGUGGGGCCGGAAGAUCCAAGCUCACCUACAUGUGCCGGAGUGACCUGAGGGGCCACAUACCAGAAUGGUACACUAAAGUGUUCGGACACAUGUGUGUUGCCGAAGUGGUGAAGAUCCGAGACUCUUUCUGCCGUCCAAGCAUGGAUUCCAAAGAUGGAAAAUCCAGGUGACCCCAGACCUACAGGCUGAGACUUUGCAUCAGGCCCAGGACCACCAAAGGCUUUGUUUAUAGACAAAUGGGCCAGCCCUGAGCAGGAUGGAUCAAACUACAAAUAAAGGUCCACGCCGGGCUGCGAUUAUAUAAUAGAUGCACCAUGAGAGUUGAUCUUGACUGGAAUGCAUGGUCCUGUGGAAAAAACAUCAGUUGUACCACAUGUUGAGAUUGCUUCUGCGAAGCAGGACUCUCGAAGGGAAUAGGAUGAAGACUGUUCUCCUGGGAUAUUGCCCUGGAUCCCCUAGACUCAGGCGUGGAGGGGAGCCAGGCAGAGCCUCCAUAGGAGGCAGUGUUUGGGGUGGGGAGUGGGAGUUCUCUUGGAAACAAACAAUGAAAAAUGGGUUUCCACAGAGAGAUGUGUGUAUGAGAGUCAGUGUACAUGAUUGAAUGCAGAGCAGACACAGGAGAAUGGGCUCUGUUAGAAUGGCAGGCCACCAGAAUGGUCAAGAGGUUCCCAUUGCAUUGUAUCUGACCCCUCCAAGGAGCAAUGAGGAGUAACCCUCAGCCCUUGGGACAUUCCUGCACUUUCCUAGUGAACCCAUUUCCUCCCUUUUUCUCUUUAGGGUGAUACUCCAGCCUGAGUGGACUCUCUUUCUUGCAUUUGUGCCCCCAUCUCCCCACUGUAGUGAAUCCUCUCUCACUCUCAGUUGGCUUUAAGUCAAGAGAAUUAGAAUCCAGCAAUAAGGGUAGGUUUUUAUUUUUGGUUUGGUUUGUUUUUAAGAGAGCAGAAGUUAGGAUGAGGAUGAAGAACACAUUAGUGCCAAAGCUAAAAUCAGAACAAGAGUCACAUCUUCUCUGAUGAUUCCUAUCAAAAGGCCAAAAAUAAAAAAUUCUCAUUGUGACUACAGUCCAUUUUGUAUUACUGUCCAGCGCAGAAAAUGUUGGAGGGAGAAACCCCAUGUCCCCUAAGAAAGUCUGUAUAAACCCAAGGCACCAAGAAGUGCUCGUUAUCUCUUCUGGAUGAGUCCCUCUUGGUGUGCCGCCAUUUUCUUUUUUUCCUUUCAUCUUUUGGCUAUUUGCUCAGGCUGUGAUCCCAAAGAGCUCUUUUGGCCAGGAGUUCUUCCUGCAGGUGUCCAUGUCAUGGCAGGAUCCAUCUCCAACAGCCCCAGGUUCUUAGAUCCCUUUCUUUUGUCUCAGUCAAGGAUGGGCUGCCUGGAAGUGAGCAUGGUCAGGAAGGUUGUACUUGGCUGAUCAUACACCUCAGUUACCAUUGUCAGUGUUACUUCAAAAGCUCUUCUUGAUGAAGAAACUGAGUGCGUGUGCAUGUAUGUGUGUGUGUGAGGGGGGAGAUCAGAUUCAGCCAAAAAGUGCCGUCAGUGUUCUUGAACACGUGCUCCUUGUGAAUACCUAGACCUUGUAGAUUCUGUCUAAAACGUCUUAUGUGCAAGAUUGUAUGUUGAACAUACCGUCCCACUGAGUCACGCAGGUAAUGCAUGAUCCAGAGUAUUAUUUAAAAUUGACAUGUAUUUAUACAUCAGUCUUUUGGGUUUUAUACCUCAAUAUGUUUGUUUUUUUCUUUAUUGUAAAUAAAGCUUUUCAUGAUUACCAUGGAAGUAAACGAACUAGGAAAAGGUUUAUAACUUGCUAUGAAUGAUGUACAGAAUAUAACCAACAAUUGCACUAUUAAAUGUUUAACAUGA